AUGAAAAAUGAAAUAAGGAAAAUUAAGCACGAUUAUGGCAUUGAAUACAUAUCAGAGAGAAGAGAAAAAAAAAGAGACGUUCUUCUGGUGAUACUAACAUUGACUGUAUAUUACCUUCAUUGUCUAUACUUGGGAUGCAAGAAGGGACAUGUUCUCCUUAACGAAUUUCAGAUCUUCCUGUUUAUUUUUUAUAUUUCUUUCAUCAUCAUAUACUUGAAUAAUCACCACCUUGAAAGGCUAUUAAUUGUAAGCAACAUUGGAAUACAACUAGAGAGAAACAGCUUGUUCCAACAUCAAUUAAAAUUUAUUUGUAUAAGUGACGUGAAAAACAUUUUUAUUAAUGAAGCUAUAUACAUAUUCGAGAUAUGUCCAUAUUUGUGUAUCACUCUGAGGAAUAAUAAACUCAUUGUUUUGUUCGAUAACUUCAACUUGGGGAUGAAAAAUCUCGUGAACAUAUACAGGGAUCUGAAAAGAGUUAUCGUUCCUAAUGGACACGAGAAGUUCAAAAGUGUGAAAGCAUUGCAUUUCCAAGAGGAGGAAAAAUACGGAAAUGGUGAAGAACAGAACUGCCCAGCGCCAAACUAUGUGAAUUCAACAUAUAAUAAUUCCUCAAGCGAAGAAGAAAAUAUUUUUAAACUCCUGAACUUUAAUUCAUGUGAAAAUUAUAAAAUGAAUAAUAAAAUUAGAGAAAGUAGAAAAAUAAAAGAGUUUGACAUAUAUAUAAGCAAAAAAUUAGCAUUGGACAUAAUGAAUAGUUGA